AUGAACGGCAACAAAGUGAGACGCAACAACUCAAUGGACCAAGAAUUUCGUCCAAGAGAACCCGGCGUCAUUGUGGGGGUAGCAUUUGCGGAAUUGCGAUCGAACGAUUCUGGUGAGGACAUCAAAAGAGAAUUUGCGGUCAUGACUUCCGAAUGGUAUAAUUUCUUUGAGUGCGACGAAUUUGUGUGCGAACUUUCGCCUGGUGACUUGGUGGAAUUCCAUCGACAAACUUAUUCGCAUUGGGCAGUGUACGUGGGCUUCCCGCGCGACUUCCGUCAACACCCUAUCAACGAAUCCCUGGAUGAAAAAGUUGCAUACGUUGUUCAUCGAGCUAAUCCCCACGACAGCGAUGUUUUGAAUUUUGCUAGUCGCUCAACCAGUAUGAAUAAAGCUUCACAUGGAAUUGGAAACGUAUGCAUCGAGCCGUUGAAAGAUGUUAUGGACCGCGAUAAAGCGAGAAAGAACAACACACUAGACCAAAGCAACGUUUCGAGAAAUCCGGACGACAUCGUGGGGGAAGCGUUCGCGGAACUGAGAUCACAGGGUUAUGGAAAUCAUGAAGGGUCGUCAUGCUACAAUGUUCUCUUCAACAACUGCGAGCAUUUUGCGAAUCACUGCCGAUAUGGAGAGAGAAGGAGUCAACAGGUUGACUCGGUAUUAAAUACUAGUGCUGCUGUCCUCGCUGUUGGUGUUGCGGCUGCAGAGGUAUUGCCUGCUGGGAAGGGCAUCUCCCAGUUAUCCUUGACUAUGAUUGUCUUGCGAUUGGGGAUAUUUGUUUCGACGCUUCCGCUUCUGCGCGUUUACGGGCAUCGUUCUUCGUGGUUCAAGAAAGAGUCCAAAGACGAAUUCACUUCCUUGCUUCAACCGGGGGACUUGAUAGAAUUUGAUCGCGGAACGUACCGGCAUUGGGCAGUUUUCGUCGGCACGCGAGAUGACGUCCCAUCGCUCUACCUCGAUUGUCCGUACUGUGGCGGACUACUCGGCAGUGUAUCUUUUAUGCGCCGUGUUGUCUGGAGUUUCGCGCGUGUCGUAGGAAUGUCACGACACCGGUGUGGUUGUGAUCGACACUUCGUGGUGCAUCGCGCUAAUCCUGCGGAUAGCAAUUUCGUCGGGAUGCUGAGCCAGAGUCGGAGUGUGAGCAAAGGAUUGAAUGGGAUCGGAAACGUGAUCUUGGAGGAUUUGGAAGAUGCCUGGGGAGACAGCGAAGCUCGGAAAAAUAACCGAUUCGAUAGCGUUCAUCCGGAUUUGAGUGUUCCACGGGACGAGGUUCUUCAGCGCGCUUUUGAAAGAUUUUGGAAGAAAGGUUCCGAAAUUCUUCAAGACGAGUACAAUGUCGUGGUGAACAAUUGCGAGCACUUCGCAGUUUGGGUGCGCUACGGGAAAAAAGACAGCGCUCAACUGGAAUAG